UGGGAGGGGAAGGAGCGGCGGGCGGGGGGUGAGGUGGGGGGCUGAACCCGGAAGUGGGUCGGCGCUGGAGAGAGCGCGCCCAGAGUGGAGCUCAGCGGCAGGGAGCCAGCGGGGGAGCCAUGGGUUCCCGACCAUGAAACCCUCGGACACGCCCCUCCAGAAGCUGUUGUCCAAGACAAUCUAGUUUUCCUUUAUAAAUCUCAGAAAUCCUUAUGAAGUUUCUUGUUCUGAAAUUGCUGUAUUGCAAUGAAGAAAAGGAGAAAGGUUACUUCAAAUCUUGACGAGAAGAUCCAUCUAGGCUACCGUAAAGAUUCUUCAGGAGGAAAUGUUGCAGUGGAGUGUGACCAAGUGACCUGUACUCUUUCUUCAGAAAGACCAACUGCUGAAGCUCUCCACUGUUACCAGGAACUUCCUCCCUCUCCAGAUCAGAGGAAACUUUUGAGUUCUUUGCAAUAUAAUAAGAAUUUGCUAAAGUAUUUAAAUGAUGAUAGGCAGAAGCAACCAUCAUUCUGUGACUUACUUAUCGUAGUAGAAGGAAAAGAAUUUAGUGCACAUAAAGUAGUCGUUGCUGUUGGCAGUAGCUAUUUUCAUGCAUGUUUAAGUAAAAAUCCAAGCACUGAUGUUGUCACCCUGGAUCACGUAACACAUUCAGUUUUUCAGCAUUUGCUUGAAUUUCUUUACACAUCAGAAUUUUUUGUGUACAAAUAUGAGAUACCUCUCGUUUUAGAGGCUGCAAAAUUUUUGGACAUUAUAGAUGCAGUAAAGCUACUAAAUAAUGAAAAUGUGGCCACUUUUCAGUCAGAGCUAACUGAAAAGUCAUCACCAGAAGAAACACUAAAUGAAUUAACUGGAAGACUAUCAAAUAAUCAUCAGUGUAAAUUCUGUAGCAGACAUUUUUGUUAUAAAAAGUCUUUAGAGAAUCAUUUGGCUAAAACUCAUAGGCCCCUUUUAUUAGGGAAAAAACAUGGGUUAAAAAUGCUGGAGAGAAGUUUUUCAGCAAGAAGAUCAAAAAGGAAUCGGAAGUGCCCUGUUAAGUUCGAUGACACCAGUGAUGAUGAACAAGAAAGUGGUGAUGGGUCAGACAAUUUGAAUCAAGAAAGUUUUGAUAAGGAAAAAUCGGAUAGAAAUGAUUCUGAGGAUCCUGGAAGUGAAUAUAAUGCCGAAGAAGAUGAGCUAGAAGAGGAAAUGUCGGAUGAAUAUUCUGACAUUGAAGAACAAAGUGAAAAAGAUAAUGAUGCAGAAGAAGAACCUGAAGCUGGUGAUUCUGUAGGAAAUAUUCAUGAAGGGUUAACUCCAGUAGUCAUUCAAAACAGUAACAAAAAAAUAUUGCAGUGUCCUAAAUGUGAUAAAACAUUUGACCGAAUAGGAAAAUACGAAAGCCACACCCGUGUGCACACAGGUGAGAAGCCCUUUGAGUGUGAUAUUUGUCAUCAGCGCUACUCAACAAAGUCUAACCUAACUGUUCACAGAAAGAAGCACAGCAGUGAAACAGAAUUUCAUAAGAAGGAGCACAAGUGCCCUUACUGUAAUAAACUUCAUGCAAGCAAGAAGACUUUAGCCAAGCAUGUAAAGAGAUUUCAUCCUGAAAAUACACAAGAAUUUAUUUCCAUUAAGAAGACUAAGAGUGAAAGUUGGAAAUGUGAUAUUUGUAAGAAAUCUUUUACUCGAAGACCACACUUGGAGGAACAUAUGAUUCUGCAUUCUCAGGAUAAACCUUUUAAAUGUACCUAUUGUGAAGAACAUUUCAAAUCACGGUUUGCACGGUUAAAGCAUCAGGAAAAGUUCCAUCUGGGUCCUUUUCCAUGUGAUAUAUGUGGUAGGCAGUUCAACGACACUGGAAAUUUGAAACGCCAUAUAGAAUGCACUCAUGGUGGGAAGAGAAAAUGGACUUGCUUUAUUUGUGGGAAAUCAGUACGAGAAAGAACUACUUUAAAAGAACAUUUGAGAAUCCACAGUGGAGAAAAGCCUCAUCUUUGUAGUAUUUGUGGGCAGAGUUUUCGGCAUGGAAGUUCAUACAGACUUCACUUACGAGUACAUCAUGAUGAUAAAAGAUAUGAAUGUGAUGAAUGUGGGAAAACAUUUAUUCGUCAUGACCACCUUACUAAGCACAAAAAAAUACAUUCAGGUGAAAAGGCUCAUCAGUGUGAAGAAUGUGGGAAAUGUUUUGGUCGGAGGGAUCAUCUUACUGUUCAUUACAAAAGUGUGCACCUUGGAGAAAAAGUAUGGCAAAAAUAUAAAGCAACAUUUCAUCAAUGUGAUGUUUGUAAGAAGAUUUUUAAGGGAAAAUCAAGUCUAGAAAUGCAUUUUCGGACACAUUCAGGUGAAAAACCAUACAAGUGUCAAAUUUGCAAUCAGUCUUUUAGAAUUAAGAAAACUUUAACAAAACACCUAGUUAUUCAUUCUGAUGCCCGACCUUUCAACUGUCAGCACUGUAAUGCAACAUUUAAGCGGAAAGACAAGCUAAAAUACCAUAUUGACCAUGUUCAUGGAAUUAAGUCUCCUGAUGAUCCUCUCAGUACUUCUGAGGAGAAACUUGUAUCUUUGCCAGUGGAAUACUCAUCGGAUGAUAAAAUCUUUCAGACAGAAACAAAACAAUAUAUGGAACAGCCCAAACUUUAUCAAUCAGAAGCCAAGACUAUAUUACAGAAUGUGUCUGCUGAAGUAUGUGUUCCAGUAACACUGGUUCCAGUUCAGAUGCCCGACACUCCGAGUGAUCUAGUUCAACAUACUACAACACUUCCACCAUCCUCUCAUGAGAUCUUAUCCACACAGCCACAAUCCACUGAUUAUCCACGUGCAGCUGACUUAGCUUUUCUGGAAAAAUAUACCCUUACUCCUCAACCUGCAAAUAUAGUUCAUCCAGUCCGACCUGAACAAAUGCUAGAUCCUAGAGAUCAGUCUUACCUUGGAACAUUACUGGGCCUUGAUAACACUACUGCGGUUCAAAAUAUUUCUGCUAAUGAACAUCAUCCAUGAGGAAACAUUCCAUAAACUUUUUGAUGGUUAUGUGCUAAUGGUAGCCAAAAGCUGGUAGCUUCUAAAUUAAGAAGGCUGCUAUUUUUUUUUUAAUUUUCUCUAGUUUCUCAAGUCCUCAGAACAAUUUCAAAUCAAGAAAACGGUUAACUGAGCAUAUGAAUAUUUAGACAUACUUUGGCUUAAUAUUGAAAUGUUUUUGUGACUUUUAAAAUUAGUGCUAAUUUUUAAUGAUUCUUAAACUUUUCAGAAUUAUUAGCUGCUGACAUUGGGGUUUUUUUGUAAUCAUAAGUGGAAAUGUUUAUUCUUUAGUCUCCCUUUUCUCUUUACCAUCUUACAAAUAAGUUUAAGGAUUAUGUAGCCAUUAAGAAGGAAUGUGAGAAUAUACUGGUAAUUCCAACUAUUCUGUAUCCUAAUCUAAGAUGUAUUUUUAUUUCAUCCAUAUUUUUAAAAUCGAAAUCAGAAAUUUGAAGGUAUAAGAAAAUUUGGGGUAUUUCUGUGUUGUCUUGACAUCUCUUCUUUGGGUUUCAGACAAACUCAGAGCUAGAAAGCUAAGAGGCAAGAUUAGCAUGUUAAAAAAAAUUUCGGAUUGAAAUGAUAAUCCAGAUAAUUUAAGUUUGCUUAUAUGUCAAUCAUUAUGAACAAAAAGUGGCAAACGUAGGUUUAGACAUUUAAUUAUACAAGUUGAAAAUGUGUUGAAAGAAAAAUAUCUCACCUUUAACUAGAUGUCUUCAAGGUAAGUUCACUUUUUGUACUUAGCAUUUAUUUCAGAAACAUUAACAAUAUAUCACAGCUUGUAUCUUCAUCUCAUUAAGAGGCAGUUAUAAAUAAUGCCAUUUAUUUUAACAUGCUACUUUGGAUUGUAUUUAAUUUGUCUAAUUGAAACUGGUAAACAGAACCUACAUAUUUUAUGUAUAAUUGUUAGAAAGUGCCAAACUGAUUGUGAAAUUUGCACCUAGUUUAACCUAAUAUUGUUUAAUUGAAUGGAACUUCUACUACUUGUGUACAGAUUUACAUCCAAUCCAGAUCUUUAUUUUUGCUUUCAUAUAAGCCUAAUAUCUAUAAUUAUCCUUGAUUCUUAUUUUUGUACGAGACAAAGUCAAGGACUUGUUGAAAGGAAAUAGCAGUUGCAGCAAAACCUCACUGAUUAAAUUCAAUUAAGGAAAGGUUAGAAUUAUAAGAUUUUAAAGAUGUGCACUUUCCAUAUUUUCAAAUCAGUCUGAACUUAAACUAAAUUAUGUUUCUUAUUAGGGUGCUUAAAGAAUAGUCUAGGCAGGAUUGAUUUACUAUUAACAUGCUAUUUGUAUAUAAAGGAUUAGACAAUACCAGUUUUAAAAGUUCUCUAUUUGUUUUGUUUACACUUCCAAUUGCUUUAAGCACUUUUUUGUGUGUAAACUAUAAAGUCUGGCCUGGCCCUUGUGAAAAAAAUCACAAAUAAAAUAAUGAACGUUCAGUGAGUAAAAUUUAACCAGUUAGUAAUAGAGGAAACUGUUAAAGCACUUAAGAAAUGAAGGUACUUUAUAGGAACAUUUGCCAUAUUAAUGAUGAUAAAAGAAAAAAUGUUGAGAAUUGAGGCAGUUAACCAAAGUAGUUAAUAUAAAUAAUAAGACCAACCUGUGUUUUGCCUUAUUUACCAGGGUUUGGUUGUAAUUAUCUUAGGAGCAGUAGGCAUAAUUGCUAGUAGUUCUUUUUUAAAGCAUUCUUACAUUGUGUGGAAAUGUAAUAUCUGGGGUACUUACAUGAAUGAGCUUGAUUAUAUGAGGUACUAUUAGUUUCUUAGUCCCUAAAAUUGAUUGCAAAUAAUACAUCUUUAUGAUUUUUAUCAUAAAGACUGACAAGAUUUUAAUUAAAAAUCAUACUGUAGUGAAAUAAGUCAUACCUAAAAAUAUUCUCAACUUAUUCUUAUGUAUAAGCUAAUACGGAAAAAUUUGGACAUACAAAAAGGCAAAUGUUAUAUAUGUAUGUGCGUGUAUUAUAAGGUAUAUUGUAUAUUUGGUGGCAAAAAAGGGAAUAUUGCAUUUUCACAUUGAAAAGAAUACUGUGCAUUUUGAAGGUAGUUUUUUAUGAUAUUUUAAUGCUUUUAAAUAUAUGAUUUAAUUGGUUUACAUAACACUUUUCUGGAACACAUCUCUUAUGUAAAGUGAAUACAUUUGUAUAAUUGUAGUUAGUUAUUUUGAGUAACUUAAACUUGAAUAGUGGUUUACUGUUUUCUAAAAUGCCUUCACAUGUUAUUUCAUUUGACCUUAUAACCACCUCUAAAAUAGAAAUACAUGACAUAUUCCUGCUUUAGAGAAAAGCAUCUGAUAUUAAGGUUAAAGGACCUAUUUAAGCUCAUGUAGUCAAAGCACAGAGCUAGUAGGGAAGGAAAGAAGCUACUAGGAAGUAAAGAAGAAAGAUAGCAUUGCUGAAUGCUUACCAUGUGCCAGGCACUGCAUUCUCUUAACUCCUAACCCAGUGUUGAAGGUAGGUAGUAUGCUUCUUAGGAAAAAAUGGGUAGGCAAAACAAGAAGAAUAAAAUUAAUCUGCUGCAUAAUUUCUAAAAGUAUAUGGCAUUUUUUUAGAUUGGGAAAACCUCAUGGAUUUGGGCAAACUGAAUGUAUAUAAGCUUUUGAAGUUGGCACAAAAACUGUAAAAUGAGGCCUAUGGUUUUUAGUUGAUCUUUCUGCAACUUUAAAACCCAUUUAUUUUGUGUAACUGUACUUAAAAUUUUUAAUCUCACAGUUAAGUUUAGCCUCAUUAGAAUUUUUUAUUUUAUGAGCAUAAUUUAUUGUUUUAAAUUAAUUUUUAGCAGAUAGAAAUUAGCACUUAAUCUGUAAAUUGAAUAAUUUAUCAAGUGCAGAAAUUUAUUAACCUAAUCAGUUUUGACUUAAAUGCACCAAAGAUUUUUAGUAGGUAUAAAUCAUUAAAAGAAUUUAAAUUCUUUGUUGUUUGAAUAAAUAUUUGUCCAAAGAAGCACAGUUGAAGUCCUAGGAUAAUGGAUUUUUUAAAAAUCAUUAGUUUGAAUACUAAGAUUAAGUAUUAAAUGUUUGUGUUUGUUUGUAUGUAUAAAAUAAGAGCAAAAGAAAAUACUCUGGGAAUAGACUGACAAACCAUUUAUAGUAAGAAUGCUGUUUUCCUCGAUUUAAUUGAAUGUUAUGGUUUUUAGUGAACACUAUUAAAUGUUAAACAAUAAGCUUAUUUUUCACACUACAUUAUCAAAAUAAUUUUUGCCUUAGGAUUUUUUUAGGUCAAGUUGAGGUUAUUUUUAUAAGAAACCUAACCUAUUUUUUACAGCCUAAAAUCCCAUUUAAGGUUAGAAUUUCUUCCUCAUGCCAGCAAGGUAAAACCAACAACUAUAAUGUAAUCUUUGCAUACUGUUAAGUAAUCUUGACAUGUAUUGUGGAGAAAAGAGGAGUAGCAAAAACAAAAAAGUUUUAAACUGGUGCUUUAGUAAAGCGAUAGUAGGUCAUGAAAUUAGUACCUUAAUAAUUUUCUGUCAACUUUAAAAAGUGUCAAAACAUCUUUGAUGAGUAAUUAUAAAGUGUUAGGGUUAAUAUGUAAUUAAAUAUCAUUUAUUGCCUUUAUUCUGCAGUGGCAAAAAAGCAAUGAAAUUGGUGUUUAUCAUGUUGAAUUUUCUUCCCACCAUAUCACUCCAAUGUUAUUGAUGAAAAGUCAGAUUUAGAGCUCUAGCUCUUUGACAGUGUCCUUUAAUGCCAUCUUUCUUUGUGCCUUUUCAAAGUGUUGUAGUUGGUUAGACUUGAAGUUAGAUUGUACUUGUUAAUAAAUGAUUUUGUUUUGUUCUUGG